GAAGCAUCCCCUGCAGAGAGGUGGACUCUCAAACGUAUCACAGUGUUCAGAAGAUCCAGCUGUCAGGUCUGCCUGCAGGUGCAGAGCGUGGCCAUCAUCACCACCUGCAGGAUAGAGAGCACACAUUGAGAGCCGUUGCAGAAUUAUGAUGCAGCUUGUCGCCUGGCUCAAGAAAUUGCAGAAAACAUCCAUGAAAGAAAUAGACAGCAGAGGACUGGAGGAAAUCCAGCCAAGCUCAACAUGACCCUGAGAGCAUCAUUACAGAAGCUUAAACAGAAUAUAGCACAGCUCAGGGAGACAUUGAAUCAGACUUCUGCUCAACGCCGUAUAAUGCAAGCUGAAGCAAACAGAAGACAGACCCUUGUUGAUGACCUCGCUACCAGAGAAACGAGACUGAACGCCUCUUUUAAAGGAGACCUCUUGGAAGCUGAGCCAUCAAGGUCAAGUCUGAUGACAGGGGGAAACGGUUCGGGGCCUGCUGGGAACCCGUGGCUUGUUAAUGAGUCCGAGGAGACCAGAGGACUCAGCUUUGGAGAAAUCAAACACCAUCAGCAGCAGAUUAUCGAAGCUCAGGAUGCUGGCCUGGAUGCUCUGGCUGCAGUCAUAAGUAGACAAAAACAGAUGGGUCAGGAGAUCGGCAAUGAGCUAGAAGAACAGAACGAGACAUCACAUCAGUGGCGAAUCUGUUUGAGUUGGAAUGUGAGGACAUGGAGGAAUUACAUAGUGCAUGAUGAUGUCAAAGUCACAUGGAGGAAACUGAGCUCAGAUCAGUAGUCUGUGACCUCAUCUGAAGGUUGCAGCUGAUUUGAACUUUCUCACACUGUUCCUCAAUCUGUCUAGCCAAGCUGGUAAAGUGAGACAUGCUACACCGGGGAAAACAGAUAGAAAUAUAUAACUCUCCAUUUUUGAAGUGAGAUAUUCUAUCCUCCAAGAUCAUUUUGCUGAAAUGCAAUAUUUUCUCAAAAUGAUCAGCUACACAAAAAAUUCACUAGAGAAGACUUGUCAGGGUUACAACAGCCAAGACUGUAUAUAUUUAAUGAAAAUAAUACAAUAAAAACUGUAAUACUGUGAAAUAUUAUUACAACUUAAAAUAACUGUUUGCUAUUUUAAUAUGUUUUAAAUGCCACUUCCGAUCAUUGUAAUGUAUUCCUUCUGAAGAAAAGUAUUGUUUUAUUAAAAAAAAAGGAUCUUCCUGACCCGAACUUUUGAAAUUGGAAUUUGUAUUAUAAUUGCAAUUUUUGUCUUUUUUAAAGCUCGGUUCUUUUCUGUUUAACUUUAUCUGACAAGAAACUAAUCCAACAGGUGUUACUGACAAGCAAAUACAAGUUUUUUGACCUUGAGGACCCUGAAAUAGAGAUAAUUGUUAUCUGUAACUUGUGUGGAAGACAACACAGGCAACAAUCAUAUUUAAACAGCAACAGCAAAUGUGAAUUAAAAUGUUAAUUAAUAUGUCAAAACAUUUUUUUUUUCAAGUUUUGGUAUUCAAGAAACUUUCUUAUUAUUAUCAAAUUUUAAAGCAGUUUUGCUGCUUAAU